AUGACUCUGACGCUCAUGUUGUUCCCGACAGAAUAUGAGGCGGACCCCUGGCUGCUGGAGCAAAUGGCGAAGCACCCCCUUCUAGACCCCUGGGUGGACAAGGCCGAAGAGGCACGGCAGUACCGGGAGGUGUCGGCUUUGACGACCGUCGAUUGGCGCAGCAACCGAUUCUCGGGGGGUCACAUGCCGCCCGCGGCGAGGGCGGCCAAGGCCGCCGGCGAGUGCGUGUUGAUCAGCCCCACCAACCCGAAUGACCUCUUCAUCCUCGACACGCCCUACGGCACUGGAUACGAUAAAAAGGGCUGGACGGGGAGCGAGGUCGCUUCUGGCCGCCUCCGUGAGGCCAUCAAGCAUGCCGUGCUCGUCGCUUCCGACUGGCGUCUUGCACCCCGCAAACCGGGCCAGCCCGUAAGGAAAAACGAGCGGGACCUGGUCUUCCAGUCGGAGUUCAAAAGACUGAUCGACGAGGCGAGACCGGAACAUCCGUACCUCGCCGACAUGAUGGAAGAGGCCGGCUCGUACCUCGCCACGGCGGGGAUCCCCGAUUCCGGAAUGGAGUGCUGUGGAGGGGCAAACGAGUUGGAAAGACGAGCGGCUACAGAUGGGCCGAAGGCUUGA